AUGACACCUCCUCAACAGCCCUCUGACCAAACUGUGGCCACCGAUAUGACCAUGGGGGAUGAGAGGGCGUCAGGGAGGCCCAGCGCGGCGCUCAGCAACGGAAACAAGCCCUCCUCCUCUGCCCGUGACGACCGCCUCUUACCCAGCAGCCACCGCAAGACAGCGGCGCCAAAUAAAGCCCCGCCCACUGAAAAGAGAAAGCAGAAAAAGAUUACUGUAGACGAAGCUGAAGAGCUCUUCCAGCUCAUAUCCAAAGCUCAGUGCAGCAGAGCAGACGACCAGCGAGGUCUGUUAGACAAGAGUGACCUGACACUUCCCGACUUCCUCCGCCUCAGCCCUUCACCACCACCCCUUCCUCUUCCUCCCACCUGCGUCACCCAGCAUGGCCGCGGCGGUGGUAACCAUGGCGAUAGCGACAACUACGGCUACGGGGAAAACAGACGUCACGGCAACAAGGAAGGUGGAGGCGGUGGCUCGUUCCCUUUGAACACUGGCGGCCAAUCACAGAGCUUGGAAUCCUCGCUCGGAACGGGAGGAGGAGGAGGAGGGGGAAGACGAGCGCUCCUCCCCCCCUCCCACCACAACAGACCCCUCCCCGUUCCCCGGCACUACAUUCCACCCCCCCUCCCAGGGGCAGCAGAUGUUACAAGAGGAAACCCUAGCUGACCUGACCCUGGUGGGAGAAGGAGACAUCAACAGUCCUAACUCCACUCUCCUAACCCCACACCACUCCUCCUCCGCUACCCAUAACCCACCACGCUUCUCCCAACACGACCUCCACAGCUCGCCCUGCUCAGGUACCUCCACUGUGUGAACUCUGAACCGUGGCCUUUCACCUUCGAACUGCGUUUGACCUCUGAACUAUCCUCUCCUCUCUCCCGAAAUGGAACCAUGUUCCCUAUAUAGUGAACUACUAGUGACCAGAGCCCUAUUCCCUAUAUAGUGAACUACUAGUGACCAGAGCCCUAUUCCCUAUAUAGUGAAC